AUGCCUUUUCUCAAAAAGUUAGAAGUGCGUGAUUUGGCAUCAAAAUAUGGCCAUAGCCAACGUGGUGUUGUUGCUCUAGAACCAAUCCGACGUGGCGAAUUAGUCAUUGAAUGUGACAUGUCCAUGUGUAGUUACUAUCCAUUGGAUGAUCCUCGUAAUAAAAUGAGCCGAACAGAGGUACUUGCGUUAAUUGAGAAGUAUCCUGAAUCAAAUGAUUUUAUCCUAUCGUAUACGUACAUGCUUGAUGAUGAUUUGUUCCAUGUACCACGGAAUUAUGUUACACAGGAGCUUACAGAUGAAUGUGUUUUCUUCAAUCAUUCAUGUGAUCCAAAUUGUGGAUUUGCAACUGAUGAUGAAUUUACUGUGAUGGCUAUUCGAGAUAUAAAUCCAGGUGAAGAACUUACUUAUCAUUAUGGUUGUUUAGAUUCGGAAACAACUUUAUCAACAAAUUUUGUUUGCAAAUGUGGUACAUACAAUUGUGUUGGCGAAUUAAAAUAUGAUUUUUGGCGUGAUCCUGAGUGGCAAAAGAAAUAUGAACAGUAUUCGGGUGAUUAUAUCAAGCGAAAAAUUCGAAAACUACAUCAAGAACAAGCACAAAAAUCGUGA